GCUCCUGCGAGCAAGGAGGCGGCGGGAGGGAGCUUUCGCCAUGGAAGCUGCCCAUCCCGCGGCAGAGGCACAGAGCCUCCAGCGCCCCAGGCCGGGUGUGGGCAGGAUCUGAACCCGAGACCCACGAAACUGCAGCAGCAGCAGGAGGAAGGCUGAUGGCCGAGUGGCAAACCCUCCCGGGGACCCCCGAGCUGCCCCCUCCUCGGAGGAGGGAAUCCGUAGAGGAUGGCUGGAGCAACACAGAGCUGUUUGAAAUGAUUGAGAAGAUGCAGGGCAGCAGAAUGGAUGAACAGAGAUGCUCCUUCCCUCCUCCGCUGAAGACUGAAGAGGACUACAUCCCCUAUCCCAGCGUCCACGAGGUUCUGGGCCGAGAGGGCCCCUUCCCCCUCAUCUUGCUGCCGCAGUUUGGGGGCUACUGGAUCGAAGGCACCAACCACGAGCUGUCGAGCAUCCCUGAGACAGAGCUGCUCCAGUCCCCGACCUGCAAGGUGAAGUUGGAGAGCAACCACACAGCCCGGCUCUACCGGAAGCACUUCCUGGGCAAGGAGCACUUUAACUACUACUCUGUGGACGCGGCGUUGGGGCACCUUGUCUUCUCCCUCAAGUACGACGUGAUCGGAGAUCAAGAGCAUCUGCGCUUGCUCCUGCGGACGAAAUGUCGGACUUACCACGACGUCAUCCCCAUCUCCUGCCUGACCGAGUUCCCCAACGUUGUCCAGAUGGCAAAGUUGGUGUGCGAGGACGUCAACGUGGAUCGCUUUUAUCCCGUGCUGUACCCAAAGGCCUCUCGACUCAUCGUGACCUUUGAUGAACACGUCAUCAGCAAUAACUUCAAGUUCGGUGUCAUCUACCAGAAGCUGGGCCAGACUUCAGAAGAGGAGCUCUUCAGCACCACAGAGGAGAGCCCAGCAUUCAUCGAAUUCCUUGAAUUCUUGGGUCAGAAAGUCAAGUUGCAGGACUUCAAGGGGUUUCGGGGCGGCCUCGACGUGACCCACGGUCAGACAGGGACAGAGUCGGUCUACUACAACUUCCGAAACAAGGAGAUCAUGUUCCACGUCUCCACCAAGCUGCCCUACACGGAGGGGGAUGCCCAGCAGCUGCAGAGGAAACGGCACAUCGGGAACGACAUUGUGGCCAUCAUCUUCCAGGACGAGAACACGCCCUUUGUCCCGGACAUGAUCGCCUCCAACUUCCUGCACGCCUACAUUGUAGUGCAAGCUGAGAAUCCCUGUACGGAGAACACUCUCUACAAGGUCUCUGUCACUGCCCGGGACGAUGUGCCUUUCUUUGGACCCCCGUUGCCCAACCCGGCCGUUUUCCGAAAGGGCCCCGACUUCCAAGAAUUCCUCCUGACGAAGCUGAUCAACGCCGAGUACGCCUGCUACAAGGCGGAGAAGUUUGCCAAACUGGAGGAGCGCACGCGGACAGCUCUGUUGGAGACCCUCUACGAGGAGCUGCACCUCAACAGCCAGUCCAUGAUGGGCCUCGGGGGAGAUGAGGACAAGAUGGAGAACGGCAGCGGGAGCAGCGGGGGCUUCUUCGAGUCCUUCAAGAGAGUGAUCCGCAGCCGCAGCCAGUCAAUGGAUGCCAUGGGGCUCAGUGGCAAGAGGCAGAACACUGUCUCCACCAGCCACAGCGGGAGUUUUGGCCACAACAACCCCGACAUCGCCAAAGCCGCAGGCAUAUCAUUGCUUGUCCCCGGAAAAACGCCAACUAGGUACGGACGACGAGGCAGCGCCAUAGGCAUAGGAACCAUAGAAGAGUCCCUGAUAGUCCCUGGAAAGAGCCCGACACGGAAGAAAUCGGGGCCCUUCAGCUCCCGGAGGAGCAGCGCCAUCGGGAUUGAGAACAUCCAGGAGGUGCAGGAGAAAAGGGAAAGCCCCACUGGGACCCAGAAGACUCCGGACAGCGGCCAUGUAUCUCAAGAACCCAAGUCUGAGAACUCAUCCAAUCAGAGCUCUCCAGAGAUGCCCACCACCAAGAACAGACCGGAUCCUGUAGCCCCCAAGCCAGACGCCCUGCGCGAUUUCUCGCGUUCCUCCUCCAGCGCUAGCAGCUUUGGCAGCGUGGCAGAAGAGGGGGGCCACGAUGAAGACACCGGCAUGGAGAGCCAGUCCUCAUCAGGCACCCCCCACAAGCGGGACUCUUUCAUCUACAGUACCUGGCUGGACGACAGCCUCAGCAACACCAGUGGAGGCAGCUCACCAGGCCCUUCUCGCUCUCCGCAGCCAGACCCCAGGAAAUCUACGGACCCCUCUUGUCCAGAAAUAAAAAUCCAGCUGGAACAGUCUGAGAGGCAACCUCCCCACCUGCACACGGCGAAGAAGCACAAGCUGAGGGAAUUGCGGAAGGCCCCCAUCUUCGUCACGGCACAAGACUACUGCCCGGCCGGCAAAGCUGACCUGCCCAAGCCGCCAUCUUAAACAAGCAGCUGCCUCCCCUUACUCUCCUUCCGGACUCUUUUGGUAGGGCAGCAAGGCAUGCUGGGACUGGCCAGGCCUUGAGGAGAGGCUCUCGAGGUCCCUGCCUAAUCCCUGUCCCCUCCAUGAGCUGUGCUCGACACCCCCUUGUCCCACCCCAUUAUUAGGUCUGGCCCUCCGCGGACGACAUCUCGCAGCCAUCAGUGAUGACUGGCAGGCCCAACUGUGAAGCCAAGAUGAGGACAUGGCGCUCUUUGAAUCAAAACGUGGACAAUCACCCACCCACAUCCAGAUUCCCCCCAGCCCUUUUCUGCGGCGGCAAUG